AUGACAUGCCUUAGGAAUGUCAGCUUCUCCAUUGGGGUCGCCAAUGCAUUAGAUACAGGGACAGAACAGAGAAAAAGUAAGGAUGAAAAGUUCUUUGCUGUCAUGGAGUUGGCCAAAAUGUCAGACAUGACAAAGCUCCACCAGGCUGUGGCUGCAGGGGACUACAAUUUAGUGAAGAAGAUUUUGAAGAAAGGGCUCUGUGACCCAAACUAUAAAGAUGCAGACUGGAAUGACCGGACCCCGCUUCACUGGGCUGCAAUCAGAGGGCAAAUGGAUGUGGUGCAUCUCCUGAUAGAAUAUGGAGCCAGGCCCUGCCUGGUAACGGAUGUGGGCUGGACCCCAGCUCAUUUUGCUGCCGAGUCAGGCCAUCUGAACGUCCUCAGAACCCUCCAUGCAUUGCACGCAGCCAUCGACGCCCCGGACUUCUUCGGUGACACACCAAAGAGGAUUGCACAGAUCUAUGGGCAGAAAGCCUGUGUGGCAUUUCUGGAGAAGGCUGAGCACGAGUGCCAGGACCACCGCCGUGCUGCCCUGCAGAAGGGGCUGCCUCUGGAUGACCGGGAUGGAGACUGGGAAGCCAAGAAAAGGGAACUGGAGCUGUCUCUUCCCUCCCCGAAUCAAAACACUAAUAACAAGAACAAGAAAAGCCGAGGCCGCACCAGGCCCAGCCAUACCAAGGAGAGGAAAGCGUGA